GCCGCCAGAGCUGCUUUCCUGCUCGCCCGCCAUCCCGCCAUGGCCCAGCUGCGCGCGCCUUCCUCGUCGUCGUCCGCCACCGCCUUCGACUACCUGGUGCUGGGGGGCGGCUCGGGCGGGCUGGCCAGUGCCCGGCGCGCUGCGGAGCUGGGGGCUCGGGCUGCCGUGGUGGAAAAAGGGCGGCUCGGGGGCACCUGCGUGAAUGUUGGAUGUGUACCUAAAAAGGUGAUGUGGAAUACAGCCGUCCACAAAGAAUUCAUCCAUGAACAUGCAGACUAUGGCUUUGAAGUAGCUGAUGUGAAAUUUAAUUGGCGAGUAAUUAAAGAAAAGCGUGAUGCUUAUGUGAAGCGGCUGAAUGGGAUCUAUCAAAAUAAUUUGAACAAGGCUCAUGUAGAAAGCAUUCAUGGCUCUGCAAUGUUUACCUCUGAUCCCACACCCACAGUUGAAGUUGAUGGUAAAAAAUACACCGCGCCCCACAUCCUGAUUGCAACUGGUGGCCAGCCGACGGUCCCCAGUGAGAGCGAGAUCCCCGGAGCCAGUUUGGGAAUUACCAGCGAUGGGUUCUUUGAACUGGAAGAACUGCCUAGGCGUAGUGUUGUUGUUGGUGCUGGGUACAUAGCUGUGGAGAUAGCUGGUAUCCUUUCGACCCUAGGGUCAAAGACGUCCCUACUAAUCCGUUAUGGCGAGGUGCUGAGGAAUUUUGAUUCAAUGAUCAGUUCAAAUUGCACUCAAGAACUGGAGCAUGGUGGUGUAGAAGUCUGGAAGCAUUCAAAGGUCAAAUCGCUGAAAAAGCUCCCCUCUGGAUUGCUGGCAGUAACCGUAACAUCCUCUCCUCCCAGCCAGAAACCCACUACUAACACUAUUGAGGAUGUUGAUUGUCUGUUGUGGGCCAUCGGGAGACAGCCAAACACAGAGGAGCUGAACCUUGGUGAAUUGGCCAUUAAGGUAGACGCCGUAGGCCACAUUAUUGUGGAUGAGUUCCAAAACACCAGCCGGCCGGGGAUCUACGCUGUUGGAGAUGUAUGUGGGAAAGCACUUCUUACCCCAGUUGCAAUAGCGGCUGGCAGGAAACUGGCACACAGACUUUUCGAAGGUAAAGAAGAUUCCAAACUUGAUUAUGCCAACAUUCCUACUGUGGUCUUCAGCCACCCACCUAUCGGAACAGUGGGACUAACAGAAGCGGAAGCUGUAGCCACCUAUGGAAGAGAGAACAUCAAGAUUUAUACGACUUCCUUCAUCCCAAUGUACCAUGCCGUAACCACAAGGAAAACAAAGUGCGUAAUGAAACUGGUCUGUGCCACUCCGCAGGAAAAGGUGGUAGGACUUCAUAUGCAAGGACUGGGAUGCGACGAAAUGCUCCAAGGCUUUGCGGUGGCGGUCAAAAUGGGAGCAACCAAGGCUGACUUUGACGAGACGGUAGCCAUUCACCCAACUUCAUCAGAAGAACUGGUUACCCUUCGUUAAAAGACUGCACCCGCCUGAAGCUUAGCAGAAGCAUUGGAUGGGACGCCGAGGAGCAACUUUCUCAGAAUCAUGCUCACCCCGCCCUGAAGAGCAGACUUGAAUAAAUAAUAUCCUUUCUUACUGAACUUUGCUGCAAAUCCUGUUAUCUGCAAAUGAACACUGAGGGAAAAAACAGUGCUGGAACUUGAGGGACUGUACAGCUUGAGAAGGCUAUCCAAAAAAUAAACGGGCUUUUAAAAUC